CUGGCUUCAACUACACAGUACAACUCAUGCAGGACAACCAGGCACAAUGCUGCAUGACUCGUAAUCUCCGUGCUGUCCUGUGGCAAUAUUGUGCCUAUCCUGCCAUGCCUUCCACGACUCUGCGCUUGAUGAGCCGGAAAGAGUAGUUGUGCUUUCCAGGCUGCUAUGCUACACGAUGUCUCGGUCUUCGGAUCUGGAGGCUUCCUUGCUGCCUUCAGUCAGUGGUGAGACUGCCUUGCUGCAUUGACCAGGGAUUAUAUCUGCUGCCCGUCGUUCCCUGCAUACCCGCAUCUCAUCCUGCAUGGAUAUAACAAGUAAGCCCCCUCCGUGUGGUCGCUCUUUAACAAUGAUUGUACUAUUCCUACUAUCUAGGAAGGUAUACAGACUAAAACUUGAUUGAGUCGGGACACAUUGACUUGCUGUUGCCAAACCACGGGGAUGCCCAUCGAAAAUGAAGGAGCCAUGGGUUCAGCGGACGAGCAGUCCCGUGAAUCCGGUAUCGAAAAUGUUGUUGAGGGUAAUUACAAUGUUGACGCCAUCCAUAGGGACUCCCUGGACUCCGAACUUCACAAGAUGGAGGCAUCGCUUUUGCGACAACACAUUCCUGAAACCUCAUCCGAAUCGUCCAUCGUGUUCUUUAACCUAUCCGUCCGGCAGUCCGGGACAGGCGUCGGCACCCACAGGACUUUUUCUAACAUACUGCGGAUGCCAGUGACGGCCGUACAUCGCCUGCUGUCCCGCAAGCCCACACGGGAAACCAUAGCCCUCGACUCCAUCGACGGGGUGGUAAGAGCUGGCGAAAUGUUGCUAGUGCUCGGACGGCCGCCGAGCACAUCUAGCCUUCUUCUCAAGAUUCUGGGAUGCCAGAGUCCGGGUGGCACGUCUGUCACCGGGAACAUUAAGUACAACGGAGUCGACAUUCAAACCUUCAAGGCUCACUUCGAAGGCGAUUCAAUAUACGCACCCGACGUUGAUAUCCACUUCCCACAUAUAAACGUUGGUAACACACUAGAUUUUGCCAAUGAGACAAAAUUACCUUGGAGGAAAGUUGAGGGCGAAACCCGAGCACGGUUCAUGCGGUCCAUGACCGAAGGAUACGCUCAAUUGCUGGGCCUGCAACACACCCUGCGCACCAAGGUCGGCAAUGAAUACGUUCACGGGAUUUCCGGCGGUGAACGCAAGCGAGUGACCCUAGCAGAAGCACUCGCAACCCGCGCGUCGGUCAUGAUGCUAGACAGUCCGACUCAUGGGCUCGAUUCUUCGACCGCUCUUGACUUCAUACGUAUGAUCCGAAACAUGACGACAACUUCACGGAAGACAGUGGUCGUAGCAUUGUAUCAGGCAGGGGAGAACCUGUUCAAUGAAUUUGACAAAGUUACUCUCCUCUAUCUCGGCCGUCAGAUUUUCUUUGGUAAGACAACGGAAGCAAAGAAGUACUUCGAAGACAUGGGAUUCAAGUGUACUCCACAACAAACAACAGCGGACUUCCUGACAGCUAUCACCGACCCUUCCGCCAGACGGGUCAAAGCUGGCUGCGAGUCGCAAGUUCCAAGAUCGCCCGAAGAUUUUGUGAGGCUCUGGAAAAACAGCGCACAGUACCAUCAGCUACGACAAGAUCUGCAGCAGUAUGCUAUGGACUUCAGCCACACCGAACGGGAACUCCAGAAAUAUGCGGCUUAUCACUCAAAACUCAGAUUAAAGCAUCAGAGACGGAAAAGCAUUUACUCUGUCGGCGCCGCCACUCAGUUUCAUGCAAACUGCAAGCGAGCUUUUUACCGCCUCAUCGGUGACAAAGUGUUUAUCGGCGCAAUGGCAUUCACCACACUCUUCAUGUCUUUGAUAACCGGCUCCAUGUUCUACGACGUACCGAAUUCGACUGACGGCUUCUUUUCCAAAGGAGGUGCCUUGUUCUUCGCCGUCCUGUUCAACGUCUUUUUGUGCUUCAGCGAGUUAAACACUCAAUUCGCACAAAGGCCAAUUGUGCAACGUCAGCGAACUUAUGCCAUGUAUCAUCCAGCCAUUGAAGCUUUGGCCGGCGCCUUGGUCGAAUACCCCUACAAACUUCUCAACACCACGGUCUUCGAUAUCGUCAUGUACUUCAUGGUCGGGCUCAAGCAGACCGCCGGUGCCUUCUUCAUUCUGUGGCUCACUACCUACCUCAUUACCCUUACCAUGUCUGGCUUUUUCCGCUCCCUUGCGGCAGUCAGCAACAGCGCCGAGGCCGUGAUUGGCAUAGCAGGCAUUUGUAUGCUGCCUUUUACGAUCUACACUGGUUAUCUUAUUCCGAAACCGAGUAUGCAUCCGUGGUUCAAGUGGAUCACCUACCUCAACCCCGUCCAGUACGCUUUUGAGGUGUUAGUCGCCAACGAAUUCCACGGAACCAUGGCACCUUGCGCGAGCCUGGUUCCAUCAGGCAGUGACUAUGCGAACACCUCCCUGCAGUACCAGGUCUGUUCGGUUACAGGAGCAAAGACCGGAGAGAGACUUGUCAGCGGAGACGACUACAUCAAUCUUAGUUUCGACUAUUCCUACAGUCACGUCUGGAGGAACAUUGGGAUAUUAUUCGUCUUCUGGGCGGCUUUUCUUGUCAUGUCUACCACAAUUACAGAGCUCAGAACCAAAUCUGCCACGACACAGGCUCAAAAUCGCUUGGAUUACCGCAGAGGCCACGAACCAGACGUUGGCAAAGACAUCGGCCAAAGAACGAAGUUCAUGAACGACUGCGAAGCACAAAUCUCGGAGACCACUCUCAGAGAGGUGAAAUCUCACCUCUCCCAAUUCAGUGGCUUCGUGAAAAGCACAAGUGUCUUUACUUGGGAAGAUAUAUCCUACGAUAUUGCCUUGUCCGACCAUUCCCGUCGGCGCCUGCUCGACAACGUAUCCGGGUACGUCAGACCCGGCACUCUUACAGCCUUGAUGGGGGAGUCAGGCGCUGGAAAGACAACUUUGCUGCAAGUGGUUGCCCAGCGAAUGAAGACGGGGAUUGUGAGUGGCAGAACCCUGGUGAACGGUUCACCUCCUGGUCACGCAUUUCGCAGAAUGACCGGAUAUGUGCAACAACAAGAUGUUCACCUCCCAAGCUCCACUGUGCGAGAAGCGCUACAAUUUUCAGCGAAGCUCAGGCAGCCCAAGGAGACGCCGCUGGUCGAGAAGCUGGCGUACGUCGAAAAGGUCAUUGACCUGCUCGAAAUGCAGGACUUUGCUGAAGCAAUCAUUGGAAUUCCCGGGCGCGGGCUGGACAACGAGCAGCGGAAACGUACCACUAUUGCCGUCGAACUUGUCGCGAAGCCUGAAAUCUUACUAUUUUUGGAUGAGCCAACAAGUGGACUGGACUCGCUAUCUGCUUGGUCCAUCGUCCGGCUGCUGAGAAAACUUGCUGACUCCGGCCAGGCCAUACUUUGCACAAUUCAUCAACCAUCAUCCCUGAUCUUCGAGCAGUUCGAUCGGCUGCUCUUACUUGCCAAAGGCGGCAAACCAGUCUACUUCGGAGACAUUGCUCAUCAUUCCCGGACAGUCAUUGACUACUUUGAGUCUCACGGCGCUCCCUCAAUCACUCCGGGCAACAAUCCCCCAGAGUGGAUGCUGGACGUGAUAGGCGCUGGAUCCAACGCUGCCACCACAAAUGACUGGAAUGAUAUAUGGACAAAAUCCGAACUCCACCGGGAAGCAGCUGAAGAGAUCAAAAUGCUCAACGUCCAGCACGACGCCGAGAAAGCUCACAACCAGGAUCAUAAUGCUAAUUCAGGCACAAACUACGCAGAGCCUUGGUGGGUUCAAUAUCGCGCUUUCCAAUACCGACUCUUCUUGCACUACUGGAGGACUGUUCCGUUCGUUGUGAGCAAGAUCAUGCUCAACGUCGUGGCGGGCCUGUUCCUGGGUUUCACUUUCUACAAGGCCGAUUCCUCGGUCCAAGGUCUUCAGAAUAAACUCUUCGCGGCUUUUACUUCGGUAAUCCUAGCCAUGCCCGUGAUGCACCAAUUCCAGCCUCACUUCGACAGCCUAGUCCAGCUUUUCGAGGCACGCGAAAAACCGUCCAAGAUGUACCACUGGACCAUUUUCGUCCUGUCCACUCUGGUCACCGAGACCUGCUUCAACCUGGUGACAGGAACCCUGUUCUUCUUACCCUGGUACUUCGCCAUCGGCUUCUGGCGCGGCUGGCCCCAGCCCGGCGACGGAGAACGAGGCGUCUACAUCUGGCUCAUGAUCAUGAUCUUCGAGCUAUGGUUGACCUCAUUCGGCGUGGCGGUCUCCUCCUUGGCGCCGAAUCCGCAGACCGCAGCUACGUUGGUCACAUUCUUCGCCUUCUUCGUGGUGGGCUUCAACGGCGUGCUACAGCCUUUGAGCCAGCUUCCGCAAUUCUGGCAUUGGAUGUACCAUCUUUCCCCAUACACGUACCUGCUAGGCGGCAUUAUCUCGACCGCAAUCCACGAUAACCCCAUCGUGUGCAAGGCGAGAGAGAUCAACGUGUUCCAACCGCCGCCUGGACAGACGUGUGGCCAGUAUGCCGGACCAUUUCUGAAAUUGACGGGAUACGUCCUCAACCCGGACUCCAUUUCGGACUGUCAAUACUGUCGUUACGCGAAUGGAGACCAAUAUUUGAAGACACGUAAUCUGGACUACAAGUACCGCUGGAGGAAUCUAGGCAUCGUGGCGGGAUAUGUGGCUUUCAACACCAUUUUGGCGUUUGUGCUUUUCUACAUUGCGAAGGUGAUGACAAUUGAUUUCAAGAAGCUUGGGCUUUGGAGAAAAUGUGCCAAUUGGAAGGGAUAUAAUGUCAAGCAUCUUUCGCCCUGGAAGAGGAAAAGCAGAUCGAAAGGGAGCAGGUCGGGCUGAGUAUACAAUGGUAUUGGUAGGAUCAGGACGAACAGUCACCGCGACUCGCUGUACCCGAACUGUGCUUUAUCUCGCGCCCUUGGCGCUCUACUGACUUGUGCAUCACCUCUUCAGGCUGACCAGUCCGCUGCUAAGCCUGGGGACAAUUCUCAUCACCAAUACUCCGUCUAGUGUGUGGACCCCCAGAAGCGCGACGCGACUCGGCAAACGCUAACUCCAUCAUACUCUUUUGAUUCACUGCCAGGGCCUCAAGGCUCGA